UUUUUGGAAAAAGCUCUUUCCUCUUCAACUUGUGUAUAGGAAAGAAUAUUUGUUAUUUGACAGUGAUAAACUGCCACACUUGAUUCUGGAUUCUAGUUGCAAGAUAUGUGAUUUGAAUGCCAACACUGAAUCAGAACUGCCAGGAGGUCAAAGUGUUGGUGUUCAAGGGGAAGCAGCAUGUGUCCAAAUUCCACAUUUAGAUAUCAAGAAUGUUUCUGAUGGUGAUAAAUGGGAAGAGCCAUUUCCUGCUUUUAAGUCUUGGCAGGAAGACUGUGAGUCUGGAGAAGCUCAGCUGUCUCCACAAGCUGGAAGAAUGAAUCAUCACCCCCUGGAAGAGGACUGUCCUCCGGUAUUAUCACACCGCAGUUUAGAUUUUGGGCAAAGCCAGCGUUUCCUACACAAUCCAGAAACAUUGGAUUCCUCAUCUAAAGCACUUUCUUUCGCUAGGAUUCGAAGAUCAUCCUUUAGUUCUAAAGAUGAAAAAAGAGAAGACAGAACACCUUAUCAAUUGGUCAAGAAACUUCAGAAAAAAAUCAGACAAUUUGAAGAACAGUUUGAAAGGGAAAGAAAUAGCAAGCCCUCCUACAGUGAUAUUGCAGCCAAUCCAAAGGUAUUAAAAUGGAUGACAGAGCUUACAAAACUGCGGAAGCAAAUUAAAGAUGCAAAACAUAAAAGCUCCGAUGGAGAAUUUGUACCUCAGACACGUCCACGUAGUAACACUCUUCCAAAAAGCUUUGGCUCUUCUCUAGACCAUGAAGAUGAAGAGAAUGAAGAUGAAUCCAGGCUUAUUCAGAAAGAGAAGAAACCAUCUAAGGAAGCAACCCUUGAACUUAUUCUGAAAAGACUGAAAGAAAAACGUAUUGAGAGGUGUCUUCCAGAAGAUAUCAAGAAAAUGACAAAAGAUCAUUUGGUAGAAGAGAAAACUUCUCUCCAGAAAAGUCUUCUUUACUAUGAAAGUCAACAUGGCAGGCCGGUGACCAGGGAAGAAAGGCACAUUGUUAAACCUCUCUAUGAUAGGUACAGGCUUGUAAAACAGAUGCUGAUAAGAGCUAGCAUCACUCCUGUCCUUGGAUCUCCAUCCACCAAGCGAAGGAGUCAAAUGUUACAGCCAAUCAUAGAAGGAGAAACUGCACAUUUUUUUGAAGAAAUCAAGGAAGAAGAAGAAGAUGGUGUUAGUCUGUCCUCAGAGUUAAGUGAUAUCUUGAAAACUGCUGUACAGGCACAGUCUUCUUUGGAAAACUCAGAAUCUGAUAUUGAAGAAAAUCAAGAAAAACUGGCUCUGGAUCUCCGGUUGUCAAGUACUCGAGCAGCUUCUAUGCCUGAAUUACUAGAACAACUUUGGAAAGCCAGAGCUGAAAAAAAGCAACUACGUAAAACAUUACGGGAAUUUGAAGAAGCAUUUUAUCAACAAAAUGGAAGGAAUGCCCAGAAAGAGGAUCGUGUUCCAGUGCUUGAGGAAUACAGGGAGUACAAGAAAAUUAAAGCCAAGCUAAGGCUUCUUGAAGUUCUUAUCAGCAAACAAGAUUCUUCAAAAUCCAUAUAAAAUAUGCUCCUUGAAAAGUCAUAUCAUAAAGUCAGUUAUGUAUUCCUUGAAGCUAUCAUCGUGUGUACUUGGCUGGUACUUGAGUUCAUUUUGUCACGCACUCAGAGAAUCUCAUUUUGUACUUGGUUGUGGUGCCACUAAACAAGUGAUGGGAGGGUGAGUAGGCCCUCUUUAGGGAGCGUAAGUGAUGUUCCAUAUUAACCACAGACUGUCCUUUUCUACCUUUAGCAAAUGUGCAGUUUCCUUCAUUGUUUUGUACUACAGAUACAUCCUGUUAGCAAAAGACAAGAAUUUUAUCCUUUCAACUUCAAAGACUUUGGAAAUACAAGCUUUUUGUUACUGCCAACUUUUAGUUUUUCAUUACUGAAGAAAAUUGAGAGGAAUAUCUUCACACCAAAUUCUUCAGUUGCCUUUUUCUUAUGGAAUGACUGGAAAUUUGAAAGAAAAGCCUAUAAAAGUGCACAUAUGCAACUGUGUUCUAUGUUUUCCUAGAAAACCAAAAUCAAACUGAAAUUUCAAAUCCUACUCUGGAAUACCUUUCUGUUUAAUUUCCAAAGUGACACCUUUUUACAGGUAGUAUGUUAGCAAAAUUUUGCAAUUCAGUGGUCACAUAGCUCCUGGAUGAAGAUAACAGUGGGUAGAACAAAAAGUGACCUUGCCUAGUAUAUUAAAAACACAUACCACAUGUUACACACAGAACUAAAUCAUAUCACAUGCUGCCUAUGGGACUUAAGUUACUGUUUGUUUCCUAAGUUACUGUUUAUCAGCUGGUGAUGAUAUGAUUUGUCUAGAUCAGGUCCUGUGCUCUUCCCCCACCUUCCUCCAGAUAAUGUGAGAAAAUAGUGUUGUCAGUGUGUAGGAACUCUGAUGGUGCUGAGAUUUGUAUGUUCAAUAAAAUGGGCCUAAAUUGGCAAGAUAAUCAUUAUGCUUAAGGUAAAUCUGUUCUUAAAAAGGGCUGUACCACUGCAUUUUUACAUGUACCUUCAGGGGGUUGCAUCUUUUAUUUUCUCUUUUAAUCAGCAAAACCUGUACAAAAAACACCCCUUUAUAGAGACCACCUUUUGCCCAAUCAUAAUGCUGUUUAAGGCAGCUGUUUACAGGAUGCAUAGUGGUAUGCCCUUUGUCAUACGCUCUUAGUAUAUCUUUUUUUCUUUGACUUUGCAUGGCUUUUCUUCAGGUACUCUCCUGGUAUCAUUCUGCUAAUCAUUUUUACUGAAUGGUGACUUCAUUUGUGCUAACAAUAGCAGAUUUGGGUCAGGCUUAAUCUAGGUGUUAAUUUUUUUCCUGGUGCUUUUUUGGAUUGAUGUGUGUCUCAUUUUGACUGUGCCCAUGUUUUGCAUGUGGUGAUUCAUGCAUGGUUUUUUUAACUAGCUAAUAUUAAUAAUUUGUUCCAUACAAAAAUGGAAUUUUGCAACACCCUUUAAUAUAAGGUGAGGGAAGCAUGAACCUCAGAAUUCUGGCACUGUUACAUAGUAAGCACAUGGAGUAGCUUGAUUAUAAAUAGCAUUUCUAGUACUUCACAUUUCAUCUGUGUCUGCAAUGCCUUUUUGGGGGGGAGGGAAAAUCUGGUAGUUACUGGUAGUAAACAUGUAGUUGGGAAAUAAAAAAGCACUAAAUCCAGCCCUUUUUAUGUGGUUUCCUUUUGAUACAACUAAGUUAUUCAUAACGUAUACCUAGGAAAGUAAAAUUGAAAACACCAAAAGAUGUACCACUUUGAUUUGAAUCCAUCAUGCAGUGUACAUUUCAGUUAAUUUCUUUAUGUCUCCAGACAGGAGUGUAUCCGAACAUCUAAUUUUAUGUGCACUGUGUAUUGUUUUAUAUGAAUGUUUUGUUUUAUAUACCACAUGCAAAAAUGUCCAUAUGCACUAUUUAAAUGUUUUAAAUAAUAUAUUCCUUCUUUAUAAUGCUAAAUCUAUAUGAGUACCAUAUUUUUAUAAGUCAGUGGCCUGACUGGUUUCAUUUUAGAAUUAACAGCUGCUUCAUGAUGUUGGUUAUUCAGUGUUAAUGUUUGGCUGCAAGUAGAAUAGAUAAAAGUGGUAUGGCAGCACUUAUGCUUUGUGACAGUAUUGUGUGUCAUAGUUGAGCAGUAGGUGGUAAAAUUAGGCAGUUUGUGAUAAUUUUAUUUUGGUACAAAUAAAAACUGUAUAUCUAUAUACAAAGAAUAUAUAGAUAUAUAUGUCCACUAGUAUAAUUGCAUUGCUGUGUCUGGCACUUCAUUGUAUAGAUUUUUGUAAUAAAAAAACUUUAAUGUUCUGAGUCAUUGUAAA